AUGCAAGAUCAGCAAGUCCGGCAGUCAUGCAACGCCAUCGCCGCGCAAAUCUUUCACAUAGCCCACAGCCGGCAUGAAACUCGAACGGACACUCCUACCGCGGAUACUAACAACGUUUCUGCCUCUGCUUCGCGUGAUGUGCCCGUUGCCCGCCACAAUGCGAAGCCGCUGCCGAGCAACAUCAGCAACAGCAGCGGCAGCAGCAGCGAUGGUCGGGCAGAGGCGCUCCGCCGACUCCGCGAGGCUGUGGUGCGCGACGCCAUGACGCUCUACCGUCUGUGUCACCGGCCAGGCGGUGGCGACGGCAUCGUCAUUGUGCCGGCCGCUGCCCGCAGCAGCGGUGGUGGUGGUGGUGGAGGGGCGGUGGAGGAGGAGGCCGCGUACUGCGUCUGCGCUGCAAUUAUGGCUCGUGCGCCGCUGCUGUGGGCGUCGUUGGUGCGUCGUGCAGAGCUGCUCCGCCCUCGCAAGCCGACGCUGUGCUUUGUGGCGCCGGUGGCGGUGCCGCCGGUGGUGGUGAGGAGCGUUGUGAUGUUUUACGGACGCAGCCGUCAUCUCGUCCCCGGUAGUGGCGGCGUACCCGGCGUUGCCUCGCCGGCUGUCUCUGGCUCUCUGAACACCGCUGCUGCUGCUGCUGCUGCGGGAACAGCACGCAAGGACGCCACAGUUCUCUCUGAUGGUUUAUCUGCCCAACAAGCGGAGGCGGUGGCGGCCACCUUCUUCUUCAAGACGAUGUCUGCGGCGGAGCGACAGCGCAGGCCGGAUGUGUUUGAAGUACGUGCUCUGACGUCUGCUGCCUCCGCAAUGAGGAAGCCGUCCUCUUCUACGCAGAAAGGUGUGCCAUCACGCACCGCUGCGGACGCUUCAGCAGGACUGUCGUCCGGACUCCCAGGCCGUGCAGGUGGCGACGGUGCGAUAGUUGCUGCGGAUUCUUCGGUGUCUUCACUUUCGUCGACGCUGUCUAGUGCCCGAGGACGUGGCACGGUGGCGGGGUCGCUUCCUGGUACGCUGCCAGUUCCACCCAGUCGCCGCCCACCGCAGCACCCUGUGUCCCCCUCCGCCUCUGCCUCUUCCUUCCUUUUCAUGGACGACUGGGCUGGUUGGCGUAGCGGGGGCGGUGGUGCCUCCCGCUUCAAGCAGCGCAAAGCGGACGCUACGACGAGCGCCGAACAAGGUGGCUCGGGUGACGCAGUGGGAGGCAGUGGCGAUGGGUGGUCGUCGCCUCGCAGCAGCAGCAGUGACAGCAGCGACGGCAGCAGUAGCCGCCCCAGCAGUGACAGCGUUCACACCGGCGAAGUCGACAGCAGGGAGGAACGUCGCCGAGACGCAACGGGUGUGCGGCACGAGCGCGCGUCUGCGAGACCCGGGCAACGCAGGCACACACGCGUGAAGACGGCAGCCGCAACGGAUGCCGCGGUGUUGGAGAGGUUGUACCGCUUGGCGACCUCCGCCGAUGCCGCCGCCACUGCUGAUGCUGCGUCGGCUGCAAGUGAGGCGCCAGCGGAGCAGGGCUCCGUAAACAACAACCGCACCCGUGCGUUGGGCCAUCUCAGCGGCAGCGGCGGUGCGACUGCUGGCACGUCCGUCCUGUCUGCCUCGCUCUUCACGUCUGGCAAAGGCGUGGGGCUUGUUGCACUCGCCGCCAUGACGACGCAGGUGCGAGACGCGCUGCACUGGGGACGACUGGAGGCGCUCGUGCGCUUUCCCAUACUGUUCCGCGGGCUUUCCACCCCUCCCCCUCUUCUUUUCGAUUCUUUGGCGCCCUCAGCGGCGACACGAGCGCUGUCUGCGACGUCGGCGGCUCUCACGGCGGCAUCGAUGUCGCGGUGGAACAACCUCCUCGGGUACUCCUACACGUCCGCACUGACCGCGUCGCCGCCGUUGCCAUCCAUCGCGUCUGCGGACUCCCCUGCGUCGCCGUCGGCCCUACACGCUGCGAUGGAUGACUUCGUCUCCGCAUUCGCAUCUCCACAGUCUUUUCUGUGCCCGGCGCGUCUGCGCGCGUCGUCGCUGCUGCCGCGCCCGCCAAGCUUAAUCACUGACACGUUCCUCUGGACCCGCUUGCUGAUCUGCAGUGCGUGGCUGAAGGUGUACGCGGACAGCCUCGUGGACGACGAAUCCUCUUCCUCCUCUUUGUCCGCGGAUGAUGAUGAUGAUGAAAACGGCUCUGCCUCUUCGCAGCUGGAUGCUCAGAAGGAAAAGAAAGAGCGCUACGCGCAGCCACGGGUGCGACCAAGUCCACUGGUGCAAGAGGUUGUCGCGUACUGCGUCGCGAUCGUCAGGGAAGCACGCGCCAUCAGCGCUGGCAUCACCGGCGAAGGAGACCCCGCUGCGUUUUCUGCCUCGUCUUCCUCACACCACGCGCACGGAGCGGCGCAUACUUCUGCACCCAGCAGCAACCACCACCACCACCACCACCAAGCCAUCAAUGCUGUUUGCUGUCCUGUGUGUGACUGCCUGGUGAAGGAGCAGCAGCCGGUGCUGUGGUGGUCGACUCUGCGCGAGGACCGCGCCCAAUUGCGGGAACAGCUGCGCACGUUGCUCGAGAGCGGCAGCCCAACCGACGCGGAGGCGCGAGUGGCGGCAGCGGUGGCGGAAGACGGCGUGCGGGAAGAUCGCGGUGGUCGGCAGUACGCAGCACCGCAGCUGAGCGGGUCCGGCGCAGCGGGGGAGCGUGUGGCCGCCCUGCAGGAGCGCUGGGGGAUGUUCGUGAUGGGCGUGACAAGGCCAUCCGACUCCUCCGCCGCGGCGCACGAGAGCAACAGAGUGGCGUCGGACGAGCCGCGCGACGUUGCAACCAAUGCGGCAAGCGACAAGGACAGCUCGAUGGAUCCGGGAGACCCCGCGCACACUACGGCAGAAAGCAACGGGCAGUCAGGCGUAGAUGAGCAGGAUAGCAUUGACGAUGCGGCAACGCGCACGUUGUGGGCUGCGCUGACGCAGCGUGUCGCGGCGGCGACGGACGUGUGCGUGUUUUUGUCGACGCACCCACUUCCAGAGGGGCCCUCCACCUCCGUCACGCGCCGUCCAGCUUCCUUUGCCAAACACACCGCUGCUCGCCCUCGAACAAGCCAUGCGGCUGCCACUGCUGCUGCCGGUGUAGGCGCGAAGAGGCGUCGAAGGCGCUCUACCAGCUCCGACAGCGCAGCAGCAGAAGAGGAGACCGAGGGCAGCAGCAGCAGCAACAACAGCAGUGAUGAGGGCAGCGAAGCCGAUCGACGCCCCCGCCGGCGCACGCACGACGCCACCGAUGCCGCCGUGCAACUCCGCCGCCACCACCACCACCGUCGUUCCCAUCCGCAUCGUCCUACUUCGAAGCGCAGGAGGCACAGUGAGGACGAUGAAAAUGCGGAUAGCGAGUCAGCUUAUUUUGGCGAUGCAGAAGCGACAACCGCAGCGGCACGGACGCCUUCGAGUGACGCCGGCGCCUUCCACGGGAGUCGUCGCGCCCACGAAGUGGCGGAGGAGUGGGAGAGGCUGCUGCGGCGGUGUGGCUGGGUAAACGCGGCCCCUCCACCACCCUCGCCACGACCCCCGACUAGACCAACUUCCACCGCAGAUGCACUCGCAUCGCCACCGUCAUCCGACCUAUCUUCGUCCUCUGCGGCCGGUUUGUAUGCGCAGUGGGCCGCGUCGCUUAUCCAGCCUUCUGCGAUGCCGACGCCGCAUCAGGCAGCGGUGCUGCGCCGACGCCUGUCUCGCUACCGCCUGGACGACGUGGUGCGUGCGCUGGUGCUGGGGCGCGGUGGGCGGUGGUCGCCGUACGCCGCGUUGAUGUUCGGGGCGGACGCGCUGCCGAGACGGCAGGGGCCUACGGGAACACCUGAGCAGCAGCAGCAGCAGCAGCUACAAAAGACACCGGCAAAGCAUGUUCAUGACGAAGCGCAUCCAACGACCGCCUUGGACGAUGUGGAGGUGCUGCACUCCGCCCCGCCACCCCGAGCAGCCUCCAUGUCCCUGCUAGAAGAGGAAGGCGACGACACAGAUGCCCAGGUCAACGCCGGGGGUGCCCGCAAAGCAGACGGCCUCGAAGGCCACGACUCUCUUUUACUCGUCACGGGAUGUGACGACGACAGCGAAGCGGCAGGAGGAGAGGACGAGGAAAGAGUGGAGCGGCGGUCAGCGCACAACUCGCCAAGUCCACCUCCCCUCACGUCUCUCGCGGCUUUCACGCAGCGUUGCUCCCCGCUGCCACCACCACCACCACUGUUAUCACCUCUUCGCACCUGUACUCAAUCAGCUCUACCAUCAUCGCCUGUGUUCUCUGCCACGAAGCACAAGCUCGCCUUGCCUUCGAUUCCGCUACACGUGUCGCCACUCCGUCGACACGUUGCUGCCGGCGUUCGAAGUGACAUGUCCAGGAAUCACACAAGCAAGGGUCACGAGAAGCACCGCGCGAACGCGAAGGAAUCGAACGGCAGAGGCCAGACUACGUUCGAUGCGAUCACCAGCUCUGCUUUACUCUCGAGCAACGCGGCUCCACCGUCGGCUGCGGCUACACAGAACGACCAGUCACAGCUGUCGAAUCACUCGGUGACCAACACCACCGCCUCGCUUCGCACCAACUCGAAGAAGGGCACACAAGAGGAAGGUCCUCCUUCCACGACACACGACAAUGAUGAGGAAAGUAACGCGGCGUUGUCGCAGGGCGGUGCUGUGGCACGUUCGCAGCUGCGCGCCCAGCAGGCGGCCCUCCGCGCUCUCCUGCGCUUCCGACCUCGCUUUCCGCCACUACGCGAAGAAGACGCGGUGCUAGAGUGCGGGUCGUGCUUUGCGUGGUUUCAUCAGGAGUGCAUAGCGCCGGUGCAGCGAGACUUGAUGGGACAGGUCUUCCUCUGUCACGCGUGCCGCUUAAAGUGGGCACGUCCGUACGUGGAGAGGGACGGCGUCGGCGGCCUGAUUUCGCAAGCACAGGAGCCUCCUUCCUAA